CCGCAGGCUUUGAUUCGUACAGACGGAUCCUCUGUCAGCUGGAGAGCGGAGGAGGCCCACUGGAACCGUUUUACCAGAAACGCAGGGGAACAAGAAGGGAUCAUUACGGUUAUGAAGCAGCUAUGAAUUAUGAACUCAUCUCAUUUUAACUGAAACAAGCAUUUGGUGCUAAGGAGAUUCAGACAAAUUAACGCUACAGGAUAAAAAACGAGAGAUUUUUCAGUCCCCUGCUCUGAAAACUAGACAAUAAAUGCUCCUGCUUUCCAGGAGAGAUAUUCUGUCUCACCCCAACAGAUGGCAUCCAAAGAGAGACAUCUGACAGCAACACUCCUGGCCUCCAUCCUGGGAGCCGUGCUCGGCCCCCUGCAGAUCGGCUACCACACUGGCAACGUCAACGCUCCGGCCAGGAUCAUCGAAGAGUUCUUCAACAGCACAUGGAGAGCCAGACACAACCAGUCGAUGACGGAUCACAGCCUGACCCUGCUGUGGUCGCUUUCCGUCAGCAUCAAGGACUUUGGAGCGUUGCUGGGAUCUCUGGGGGUUAAACACYUGGCGGAUUCAUACGGCAGACGAAAUUCCAUCCUGAUCGCCAACUGUCUGUCAGUGGCAGCGGCGUGUGUUAUGUUUGCCUCUAAAGCCAGCGGGUCGUUCGAGGUUCUAAUCCUGGGACGGCUGGUGUUUGGCCUGUUCUGCGGUCUUGUGAUGAGUCUAAACCAACUCUACAUCCAGGAAGUGUCCCCUACCAAUCUGAGAGGAGCCUUUGCCACACUCAACCAAGUGUCAUUAGCCUCUGGCAUCCUGAUAGGGAUGGUGGCUGGUCUGGAAACAACGCUGGGCACAAAGAGCAACUGGGCGAUGAUGCUGUCCYUGUCUCUCAUCCCGGCCCUGACGCAGUAUCUGGUUCUGCCUUUCUGCCCAGAAAGCCCUCGCUACCUCCUAAUGAACCAGGGAGAGGAGAGGAAAGCAGAAACCKCCCUGUUGAAACUGCGAGGCCACGCUGACAAAGUGUCCAGUGAGCUGGAGGAGAUGAAGGACGAGGCUGCACACAUCCUGACCCGCUUCACCGUCCGGGAUUUCCUCCAGAAACGGAGCUACAGGCAGCCGAUCCUCAUCGUUCUCCUCGUCAACUUAGGCAGCCAGCUUUCUGGAUUCAAUGCAAUUAUCAACUACUCCACUAAAAUGUUCCAGGCCAAGUUCGAUGGGGCCAAAUAUCUGACUCUAGGUGUGGGAGUUGUCAAUGUCAUCUUCACUUUGGUUGCAUUCAUCUUGAUGGAGCGGGCCGGGAGGAGGAAGCUGUUGCUGACUGGUUUCCUCUCCAUAGGAGUUUGUAAUUUCCUUAUGACCAUAGUGGACUCUGUUCUGCACCUGGUCCCAGAGCUGCGGAGCCUGCAGGUCCUGCUGGUGUUCUGCGUGGUCUCGGCCUACGAGCUGGGCCCCGGCCCCAUCUCCUGGUUCAUCGCCGCCGAACUGUUCGACCAGCCCGGUAGACCGAUCGCCAUGGCUCUCACCAGCAUGGUCAACUGGGGAGGGAAGUUCGUCCUCGCCCUCCUCUUCCCUCCGCUGCUGAAAAUCUGCGGGGCCUACGUCUACUUGAUUUUCACGGCUGUGGCUCUGCUCGCCUUCGCCGUCACGUGGCUCCGCCUCCCGGAGACCAAAGGUCGCACGUUCGACGACAUUGCGGAGGAGUUCAGAGGAGCGGAGGGAAUCCCGCUGCAUAACAGCGGCGGAUUCAACACUUUCACCUGAGCAUCAGAUUAUUCCUUCUCCAGCAGAAACUGUUCCAGCCUGCCAACAUAAUAAUAAAGAAAAGAUUCUUAAAAUAUAUAUUUUGUGUGUUAGCUACACCACACCUCAAAUUUAAUUUAUCCUUUUGAUUAAAAUCUCAGAAAAAGAAAUGUACAGCUCUAGACGAAUGCCAUCUGAAAUAAUCAUGAUCCUUAAAAGAACAUUUUUAAAACAUUUUAGAUGUUUUUUUUUUCAUUAUUAUUCUUAGUGGAAAGAUCUGAUUUAUACAGCAUUUGUAGCCACAUUAUUCUGUAAGACACACAGAUGUUUAAAAUAAUGUUAAAAUGUAACCGGAUCCCGGUUUUAUGUAACGUUAAUGAAAUUAGUACCAUAUAUUUUGUUAGACUCUGUAACUUUAAAGUUCUGUCAUAUAUUGAACUAUAUUUAAUCAUUA